UAUUACCAAUAACUCUCUUCUCUCUAGUGUUACUUCAAUUCUAAUCCAUUCUUUACAUUUGCUAGUGCAUUCAUCUUUGUACCUUCCCUUGCUUGCUUGUGCGCACGCUGCACCUAAUCCUGCACAAUUGCAGGCCUUUGUUCUAGUGUUCUAACAGACAAUACAUCACAGGCUGAUCAGAUGGAAUAAGAUAAAGAAGCGGUGAUCGUAGCUGGAACUCCAUUUAAUAAAUAUAAGCGAUGGCAAUGGUGUUUCCGGUGGCACUGAGUAUAUUAUUUCUUAUUGUGGGACAAUCAACUUCAGUUGUCCUUGGAAGAUUUUACUAUGACCAAGGUGGAAACCGUACGUGGAUGACUACUUUAGUCCAAACUAUUGUCUUUCCAAUUUUGUUCAUUCCAUUUUUUACGAUUCCUUCAAAGGCUUCAAGUACUUCUUAUGUUUCACCUUCCAUCAAAGUUGUCGUUUGAUAUAAUUUGCUCUAUGAAUCGUGCUUGCUGCUUAUAAUAUGAUGUAUUCGCAAUAACUUUUGUACAUCUCUGCCUCUACCUAUGCACUGAUUUGUGUAUCUCAAUUAGCUUUCAAUGCAAUUUUUCCAUAUUUUCUCGAUUCUCAAAAGACUGUAAGAAGCACAUUGGAGUUUAUAUGUACUGAUUUGCUCUAUGAGAUUCCACUGUAAGAAGCACAUUGGAGUUUAUAAUCAAAGUAGUGAACUUUUGAGAGUUGAGAAAAUACGAAGAAAAAAAACUGCAUUGAAAGCUAACUGAGAUGCACAAAUAAAUGCAUAGGUAGAAGCAGACAAGAGUCCUUGCGAAUACAUCAUGUUAUCCACAGCAAGCACGAUUCCUAGAACAAAAUAUUUCAAAAUGACGACUUUGAUGGAAGGUGGAACAUAAGAAGUACUUGAAACCUUUGAAGUAAUUGUAAGAAAUAGAAUGAACAAGAUUGGAAAGACAAUAGUUUGGACUAAAGUAGCCAUCCAUGUACUGUUACCAACUUAAUCAUAGUAAAAUCUUCCAAGGACAACUGCAGCUGAUUGUCCCGCCGCAAUAAGAAACAGUGUACUCAAUGCCGCCAGAAACCACCAUUGCCAUCGCUUGUAUUUAUAAAUGGUAGUUGAGAAAUUGUGUUUAUGCAUACAUAAUUCUGCUGCAGAUGCCUGGCGCUAGACAUGUUAUUUAACAAAUUUUGACUGCAGACUGGAUGUUGUAUUCUGUGUUCUUUCAUAUUUUGCCACAGGUAUUGGACCUAUUUGGUCAAUGACUACAAUCCCAUAUUUAGUCAUUUAAAUUAGGUGUUGGAUUAUCUGUUCUUUCAUAUUUUGACGUGUCUUCGGAUCUAUGAGAGUUAUUGUUCUCUCAUUGUGUUCUUUCAUAUUCCAAAGGAGAUCUUAAUCUGUAUCACAGGUUCAGGAAUGGGAGUUUGAUUUGCGGCAUACUUUUAGGGAAGAUGAUGUGAUGCAGAUUUCCUACUUUGAGACUCGAUUCAUUAGAAUUCCUACUUUGAGACUCGAUUCUAUCGGUUUCGUCCCUAGAAUCUAAUUUAUCCGUUACAAUUGGUAUCUAGAGCUUCGAUUUGGCGCGCACUUCAUGACUGCCAAACACAAAUUGGUGAAAGUUUUGAAUGCACUUGAUGUGGAAGACAAGAUGAAAAUGAGUUUAUGUUUCAUAUGUGAUAAACCUUUUAAUUUUGAACAUCAAUUGUGGCAUCAUAAAAAUAUUCAGAUAGUGAUGAUGGAUGAAGAAGAAGUUGAAAAAGAAUGUGAAAGUUUCACGCAGCAACAGAUUGAUUUCAGUAAAUUUGAUGGCGUGGUACAUAAAGAUGAAGCUCCUGAAUUGAAGCUUGACUGCCACACUACAACCCCAACCAUACUUCUUCCUAAACCACAAGGUAUAGACAUAUUCAAUCACAACACAAAUGUUCAUGAACCAGAGCAAAUUCAGAAAACCCCUAGUUCAACCACAACAAUUCCACCAAAAUCUCCAUCCCUCACAAAUUCAACUCCAGAAUUCUCUAAUUCGAUGUUGUCUGACAAGGACGACACAAAGAAGACACAUGUUGAACAAGAAGUAGUCGCAGAUUCAAAUUUCGAGACCAACGUGGAGAUGUAGAAUAUUGAACACAACUAAUAUUGUUCUGACGCAGUCACUCAAGGAGGGUUUCACUGCAAACCCAAGUAUUGAUGCCUAUAGUUUGCUACAACCUACCCUCCAAGUGUUUGAUCAAAUGCCCAUAAAGAGGUUGAAACCCACAUCGCAGAACCAACAACAAGCAACUAAAACAGCAUUUGUUCAAGUUAUGGUGCGACGGCUAAAAGAUUUCAACAGAUAUAGAUAUUUCGAUCCUGGUGGAGCGAUAGUUCCAAAGUCUAAUGCACGUGGUUUUUCUUGGAUUCAAUCACAAAAAGCUACAGCAACAGUUGAGUCACCAACGCUAGAGCAGCCUACUGGACCAGCUUCGAGAUGGCCAUGGGUACCGAGGAUUAUCAGUUUCCAAAAUAGAUUUAUGGUUGUCAAUGAAAUGUGUCAAAGGGAAGUGCAAACGUUUCUUCUGGAGAUGAAAGGUUUGUCAUUCACAAUUCUCAUUUCAUUCUCUUGUUGUCGGAAACUGAGAGAUUCAAGUGAACAAAUUUAUUCACUCCUUGUGGAUGAAGGUAACAUCACGUUAACCCUGCUAAUGGAAGCAAUACAUGUAGUUGACUUGCUUUUUCUACUCUUGUUGCAAAAAUGUAGCAUAGUCUGUUUCUACUUCCCAUAUAUGUUCUAUGUUUCUAGUGUUGAGUGCCUAAUAGUUGAUGAGGGGAGUUUGACUAGCCAAGAUUUAACCAAUAGACUACAUACUUUCAAUCUAGUUUUUACUGCCAGGGACAUAUUGGUUUUGGAAGACUCUAAUAAAACUCAUGGUGCCAUCAUAGUUGAGAUAGCUCUACUGAAUUGUGUUUCCUUGGUUUCUUAUUUUGCUCUGAUGAGUUACAAAAUUGAGUAUUCUAAUCUUGCUGAAAUAGAAUUGGUGUAUGUCAUGAUUUCUUUGGACAUUGUUUGGAAGAUGAUGAACAACUCAAUUCAUGGAAAUGUGUUCAAAUUAACAUCUGGAGUUUACCUUUUAGCUAUAAAGUGUUAUGUAAGCAUGAGGUGUAGUUCUAAAAUUGGUUUUGUAAAGGUUGGAGAUUUGGUUGCAUUUGUUCUUGGUUUAUUGGUAAACCACAUAUUGAACUUACAUGUGAUUAAUCAGAUAACAAGCUUCCAACAAUGCUCUCUUCUUAAUGUAUGCUGCUGCAAUUGUCAUCCAACAUAUACUACCUUGGCUAAUGGAAAAAGAAUGGUGUUUUCUAUUUAUUGGCAUCUUGCUCUGAAUCUAUUCACAACACCUAUAUUUGUGGUUGCUGCACACUAUUCACCAAGGCGGUCUCAGCUAGUUUUUUACCGGUUUACUUGUGUAGCUAUUUUUCACAGAAAGAUGAUCAACUGGGGGAAUGUUCGAGAUGCUAAAAUUCUAAUCAAAUGGAAAGAUUUGCCUCAUAAACAUGGCACUUGUGAUUGUUCAUCCUUGAGGACAAGGAUGUUUGAAGGGGAGGGUAUUGUAACAGGAAAUGAUAUUAGAUUAAUAAUAGUUUAUUUUAUGUCAUUUUACAUUUUUAUCCUUUGGGGUUGUAUUUCAAGGCAUUGUGCCUCACUUUGAAAAUCAAUCGAUGAAUGAA